CCGAUAGUUAAAUCGACACUUAUACUUUACAUUAACUAGUAAGCCAUAAAUCAGUGCCUACCACACCACAGCCGUCACCGACACGAUGCUGAAAGAAAGCGAGAAACUUCUCCAAAGCCUUCACACCGGCAAGACGUUCGCUAAGAUGUACGCCGCCUUUAGGCCCAGCUACCCGCAAGAAGUGUACGAUAAAAUCAUGAGCUACCACCUAGAGCGGCCUGGUUCUCCACCCUGUGACCAGCAGUUGGCUGUUGAUGUUUGCUGUGGGACUGGACAGAGUACUCUACCCCUGACUAAAUACUUUGGAAAGGUGACUGGCGUCGAUAUCAGCGAAGACCAGGUGCGCGAGAUGCCAACAGACGUGAAAAAUUUGAAAGCGGUCGUGUCGUCUGCUGAAGAUUUGUACUUCCUGGAAUCUGGGUCCGUGCAUCUGGUCACCAUAGCAACCAGUCUGCACUGGGUGAACCGGGACAAAUUUUUUGACGAGGCUAGGCGAGUACUGAAGCCAGGUGGGACGUUUGUGGCCUAUAGCUACUGGUUUGAUCAGUUGGCCAACAAUGAGGCAGAGACCUUCAUGAAGAAAAUGCUCCACACAGUGUUUGGUAAAUAUUUGACGUCACGACUUGAUGUUAUGGAGAAUAAAUACGCCACAAUAAAAUUUCCAUUUAGUCACAUUAAAAGAUACGAUGGUAUAAAGAUACCAGCAGAGAUGACACUGAAAGAAUACAUAGGAUACAUUGCGUCUUUCCAUUAUAUCAAUCUAUAUUUAAGAGACUUUCCCAAAUCAAAUAUCUUAGAGGAAAUCGAAAAAUCCCUAGCUCUGAUACUAGGAAGCAGAAAUGGUGACCCAGAUGACACCAUCAAUGUUAAAACAGAGUGGAAUGUUUUUAUGGUGUUGGGGAGACGCGAAUAGAGUACAUUUGGUGUGGGACUUUGACGAAACAGAGUGGAAUGUAUUUAUGGUGUUAGGAAGACGAGAAUAGAGUACAUUUGGUGUGUGGGACUUAAUAAAACAGAAUGGAAUGUUUUUAUGGUGUUGGUGAGACGGGAAUAGAGUACACCAGUUGUGCGGGACUUUGAUAAAACUUGAUUGUGUUCUCUGAGCAAUAGACGUCUGUGACUAACGAAUAGUGAUCAUGAAAAUAAUGAUUAUUCCACUCUAAAAUGAUAAAAAAAUUGUAAAGUUAUUUUGAUUUAUUUAUCAACAUCAGCAUCUCUCAACGCUAAUUAGCGCAUAUUUAUUAAAAUUGUAAAUAGCUUGUAAAUCUGUAUUUGUUUUGUAUAUUAAAUUGAGUUUAAAGCAUGUUUGUUUCAUCUAUACUUGUCAAUUAUGCGUUUAUU